ACUAAUAAAACCUCGGACUUGCGUUAUUAAACGGCUACUAACCGAUCCGCCGCCGUGGCACUACGCCGACAUACACACACACACACACACACACACAAACAAACAAACAAACAACACACAAACGUGCGCGCGCCGACUCCGCAAGUCGUUUUAUGUUAGUGUAUGAUAAUAAUAUAUUAUUAUCGUUUGCUCGUGUGUCCGAACCAGUGUCAUUGCAAGUCAUCUCACCGUCGGGGCCCGACGUGCCGAAACGGACUUCCACCGCUUCCGGUCCCAUCAAUUUGACUGCUGUUCUUGUUCCCGACCUGCACUGCCGAGAAGAACAUAGCUGAAGGAUUGGUUUCAAAGGAUGUCAACAAUUUUUUAUCAGAUACCGGUCUAAUAAAAAAAUGUUUACAAUGUAUAUCUGGGUUGCUGCCGUAUUGCCGGUGAUCUUAGUAUCAGCCAAUACAGAAUCACGGUCCUACAACUCAGCGCCAAACACACAAACUAAUUAUAUAAUCACAUCGAAACCAUUCACCGUUAGAGAUGAUGCAAACGCGGGGACAAUAAAAUGGAGGCGUGACACGAUAACCGGAGCAUCACUUAUCGGGGCAUCAGAUCCAGCCAAAAUGAAAUAUUCAAUAGAGUGUACGGAUAACAACGAGUGUGCGGGGAUUGAAUUGGGAGGAUCUGAUGCCACAUUUAAACCGUACACCCAGGAUGAAUUAAACCGAAUACUUAAACGUUAUGGCGAAGCAGACAGUGAGUCAGAAUCAUCCGAUAAGAUAAUAUCGUACGACGAAAGUGGCAAUCAAGAUAAAUCCAAGGCUUCGUGGAAUUCAGUAGAUCCACAACAGGGUCCGAAAAACCCGUACGACGAUCGACGUGGAUGGGUCACUUUGGAACCAAUGGCUUGGUCGUCGUCACAUAUCCAGAAAUGGGAGCCAAACAAUCGCCCAACGUGGCCACCACCACCUCAAGACCAUACACAAGCCAGCUAUUCUCCAUGGGCCAGUAACAGGCCUAUACAACGACCCAGUAAUAAUUAUCAUCAGCCGCAUCAACCACAUCAGCCACAACAGCAGCAAUCUGAAUGGACUACUGAGCGCCCUUGGAUUCGACCCACUUAUGAUUAUUCGUCCAAGCCAUCACAAGUGUCUAAUUAUCAAAAACCUUCGGCACCUCAUAACUCACAAAGCUAUUAUGGAUGGAACAAUGCAGAGCAAGAUAUAAUCACGGAUGGAAAACCUGGACAAUUUCCUGCUGAUGCUUACCACAAACCAUGGAACGGUGACUAUGGACAGACAUCUUAUGGUGGCCCRAGACCCACAGAAACUGAAGGGGAUGGACAAUGGGUGCUUUUAUCCAGCACUAAAGGUUAUUCUAUCCCACAUCGACCUAAUAGAAGUCUUCAAGGAAGGUCAGUAUCCAUAGACACGGUMAACAGUCCAAUGGAAACUGUGAGUAGAUCAGAUGAAGUUACUGGUCGAUCAGCGGAUACGGUUAGUCGGCCGAUAUCUUCCAAGAGAACUGUGCGAUUAAUGGUUUUACCACCAGAUAAAGAUUCGCAAAAUGUGACUACAUCACACAAUGGCAUGAUCGAAGUAGAUGUUUCAAGGAAAUCUGUGGAUCAAGAACAAAGGGAGUUCGCAGCUAGAGCACUAAAAGAAAACGAAAAUAAUGUGCAAGUGUUUUCCGACAGGUCAACAAAAUCCAACGACGAGCGAAGAGCUAUGUUGGCUGCAGUAGGCGCUGGAAUGCUACCAGCUGCUACCAUGGCAAUGUUCCUGCCUGUGAUGGUUAACAGAAAACGCAGGGAUCUCACGACCAGACCAGAAGUAGUACUGCAUCAUCACAUAUAUCCUAGAUAAUUAUUGAUUCUAAAAUGACCUGUAAUUUCUUUUCUUUAAUUGUCACCUUUUUGCGUUCCGCUCAAUGUUUAUUUGAUGUCGUUGCCAAUACCUUUAAUACCUUUUGAGCACUGUUAUGUAACUACACGAUAAUUAAUUAUUUAUUUAUUUAAUGUAAUAUUUUAAAUCCAGUUGUAUUUUAUUUAUUUAUUAAGUGC